AUGUCGGACGAGGACGAAGUGACGUACGACAUCCAUGCAGACGGCAACUCGAAGCUCACCAAGUCCCUACAGAAAGCCAAGGCCAAGUCCGCCAAGCAAGGCAAGGACACGACCGCCGCUGACACCUCGACGCAUGUCGUGACUCCCACCUCAGCUCCAAGGAACUCGAUAACCGCGGCGUUCCUAGCAAAAGGCGAAGACAGUGAAGACGAUGACGAAGAUGGGUUUGCGUCGAUUUUGCAGUUUGAGCCUCAUGUGGCGAUCCCGGACGAACCCAUCCCAACCUCGUCGCCACCUCCGAGAUCGCCGUCAACACAUCGUUCUAUGGUUGGUACAACAGCUUCGAUUCCACGUUCACAAAAUGUCGCCGCAUCCAUUCUUCGUGGCAUCGCGUCCACGUCUACGACGAUUGGACCGUCGCAAGGACGCAUCCGACAACUUCCAGUCAAAUCAACCCCACAGAAAGUACAUGCAACCCAAUCGUUUGAAGCCGCGUUCGAUCGUCCGUCGCACUGGCUCAAGACCCCUCCACUCCAAUCUCUACCCAAAAGGACGGCACGAACAACUGCUUCGAAACGCCUUCCACCUACCACUUUGCUUCGGUCAACUCCUCCGCCGCAUGCGUCGACUCCAUUGCGAAGAUCCAUGGCGGACAUGCUACGACAAGCUACUGCUGGAGGCGUCGACCGUAUGCCCGACACAUCCCGUUCCCAACCUCGCAACGAAGACAUCGAAGACGCAGGUCACGUUGCGUCAGAGACGAUGCUUGGAACAUCGCAGCGCGAACUUCCGUUCCACGUACCUCCCAAAGAAAAACGCCGCAAACGUCUGAGCGACGUGUCGAUUCCAGGCGACAUUGGCGACGUCCUUCAACGUGCUUCUCGCAAAGCCAGUCGCGACGCCACUCUCUUCCACACCAACGCCCACCAAGCCCUGUCCACGUCGAGUAUGGUGGACACGCCUCAGUCCCGCCCGUCCAUCACGCUCUGCUUGCUACGAACGCGCCUCCAUGCAGACUUCGUCGUCUUCACCGCGUACAUCCACGACGUGUCGGCGUCCGUGGAGCAGCCGUCGUCCCCUCCCCCCCUUCCCCCAUUGCUCCCCAUUCGCCCGAAUGUAGUUGUGGACGCCGUGUUUGCCAAAUCGGCCCUCGCCCAACUGCAUGAUCACGUCCUUAUUACGCUUUACGCGCCGUUCCACAUCUUGUCGCUUGCUGGGCCGUAUCCGUUUCCGCUGCUUCUGGGGACGCAGCUGUUCCAAGUGACCGACGCCAACCACUCGUGUCAAACGGUUCUGCCUGCCUUUGACGACGACUGGGCAUAA